CCUGGUCUGGUCUGCCUUGCAGUGUUGCUACUGGAGACGAUCGAGAACGACGACAUCGGGAGGAAGACACUGAAGAUCACAGACUUUGGUCUGGCUCGGGAGUGGCACAACACCACCAAGAUGUCCGCCGCAGGAACCUACUCCUGGAUGGCCCCUGAGGUCAUCAAGUCCUCGCUCUUCUCUAAAGGCAGUGACGUAUGGAGCUACGGGGUGCUGCUGUGGGAGCUGCUGACGGGGGAGGUGCCGUACCGGGGGAUCGACGGGCUGGCCGUGGCCUACGGCGUGGCCGUCAACAAGCUGACCCUGCCCAUCCCCUCCACCUGCCCAGAGCCCUUCGCCAAGCUCAUGGAAGAGUGCUGGGACCAGGACCCCCACGUGCGGCCCUCCUUCUCCUGCAUCCUGGAGCAGCUGUCGGCCAUCGAGGAGGCGGUGAUGGCCACCAUGCCCCAGGAAUCCUUCCACAGCAUGCAGGACGACUGGCGCGUGGAGAUCCAGGAGAUGUUCGACGAGCUCAGGACCAAAGAGAAGGAGCUGCGCUCGCGGGAGGAGGAGCUGUCGCGGGCCGCCCUGCAGCAGAAGUCCCAGGAGGAGCUGCUGAAGCGGCGGGAGCAGCAGUUGGCGGAGCGGGAGAUCAACGUGCUGGAGCGGGAGCUCAACAUCCUCAUCUUCCAGCUCAACAAGGACAAGCCCAACGUCAAGAAGAGGAAGGGCAAGUUCAAGCGCUCCCGCCUAAAGCUCAAGGACGGCAACCGCAUCAGCCUGCCCUCGGAUUUCCAACACAAGAUCACGGUGCAGGCCUCGCCCUCAAUGGACAAGAGGCGGAGUCUUCACAGCACAAACUCCUCCCCUCCCAGUAGCCCCACCCUCAUCCCGCGACUACGAGCCAUUCAGCUGCAGUGUCGUCCGCACAGGGACAGUCUGUAUGUUUACCAGCAGGAGGUGGAUCUCACCAGCGAGUUGGCUGCAGACCACUCAGGGCUCAGGAGCAAAGUGACCCUGGAUGAGAGCAACCGGACGUGGGGCCGCAGCACCCUCUUCAGGCCCGAGGAGUUCGACGACGUGAAGAAGGGCAUCAAGAAGAAGGGCCGGACCUGGGGCCCCAGCUCGGUGCAGAGCAAGGAGCGGCCCGCCACCGCCGAGAGAGUUCGACCCCUCUCUGAUGGCAACAACCCGUGGUCCACCAGUCUGCUGAAGACCCAGAAGUCCGUCCCCCUGGCGGCGCUGUUCGCUGAGCAAGGGGGCGGUAAAGACGACACCUACUCCCCAGACGGCGGCGAUGGUGGCAGCAGCAGCAGCUCGAAACCAAAGCAACUCAAGUUCCCCAAC